AUGAGUGGUUGGGGGGUUGGAGUGGUGUGGGGUAUUGGUGUGGUGGGUGUUGGGUGGUGGGGGUUUGGGUUUGGGGUGGGUUUGGGGGGUUGUGUUUGGUGGUGUGAGUGGGGUUUUUGGGGGGGUGUUGGUGGGGUGGUUGGUGGGUGUGGGUUGGUGGUUGUUUUUGGGGUGGGGGGGGGGGUGAUGUUUGUUGUGGUUGGUGGUUGUGAUGGGGGUUUUAGGGUUGUGGGUGUAGGGGUGGGGUGUUGGGGGUUGGGGGGGGUGGGGUGGUGGGGGGGUGGUGUGGGUGGUGUGGGGGUGGGGGGGGGGGUGGGUGGGUUUGGGGUGGUUGGGGGGGGGUGGUGGUUGGGUUGUUGUGUGUGGGUGGGGUGGGUGUGGUGGGGGUUGGGUUUUUUUGGUUGUUUUGGGGGGGGGUGGGGGGUGGGUUGGGUUGGGUUUUAUGGGGGGUGGGGGGUUUGGUUUUGUUUGGGUGUUGGGGGGGGGGGGGGGGUGUGGGUUGGUUGGUGUGUGGGGGGGGGGGGGGGGGUGUGGGUGGGUGGGUUUGGGUGGGGGGGUUUGGGGUUGGGGUUGGGUUGUGUGGGGGGUGGGGGUGGUGUGGUUUGGUUGGGUUGUGUGGGGGGGGGUGGUGUUGGGUUGGGUUGGUGUGUGGGGGGUGGGGGGGUGGGUUGGGUGGGUUGUUGGGGGGGGGGGGUUUGUUGGGGUGGUUGUUUGGUGGGGUGGGGGGGUGGUAGGGUAGGGUUGGUGUGGUGGGGGGGGUUUGUGUGGGUUGGUUUGUGGGGGGGGGGGGGGGUGGGUGUGUUGUUGUUGGGGGGUUGGGGGGGGUGUUGGUUGGUUUGUGUGGGGGUGGGGGUGGUGGGGUUGGGUUGUGUGUGGGGGGGGGGGGGGGGAGGGUUGGGUUGGUUGUGUGGGGGGGGGGGGUGGGGUGGGUUGGGGGGUUGGUGUUUUGUGGUGGGGGGGGGGUGGGGUUGGGUUGGUUGUGUGGGGGGGGGGGGGUGGGUUUGGUUGGUUGUGUGGGGGGGUGUGGGGGGGGUGGUGGGGUUGGUUGGGUGUGUGGGGGGUGGUGGGGUGGGUUGGGUUGGGUUGUGUGGGGUUUGGGGUGGUGGUGUUAGGUUUUUGGUUGGGUUGUGUGGGGGGGGGGGGGUGGGUUUGUUUUGUGUGGGUGGGUGGGGGGGGGGGUUGGUUUGGUUGGUUUGUUUGGGGGGGUGGGGGGGGGUGGGGUUUGUUUGGGUUUGGUUGUGUGGGGUUGGGGGAGGGUGGGGGGGGUGGGGGGUGUGGUGUUGGUGGUUGGGGUGUGGGUUGAGGGGUUGGUGUUUGGGUGGGUGGGUGGGGGGAUGGGGUGGGGGUUGUUUGGGGGUUUGGUGUGGUGUGGAAGGUUUGGGGGUUUGGUGGUUUGUGUGGGGUAGGGGGGGGGGGGUGGGUGGGGUGUGGGUGGGGGGGGGGUUGGGUUGUUGGGGGGGGUGUAGUUUUGGUGGGGUUUGGGGGGGGGGGGUGUUGAGGAGAUGGAAAAAUUUGGGUUGUGUGGUGGUUUUUUGUAGUUGUGGGGGUUGA